AAUUACUUGAUGGGUAUCCCAUCUCAUGAUGAAUUGGCUAUGAAAAAUGAUGAGGGUUCAACUUCAAUUCUCAAAGAUAAGAUAGCGAAUCAUCGAGAUAUUCCAUUCAUGCUGGUCGAUAUAGAAGAAGCUAAAGAAUAUAUUAAUAAAAUUCCCCAUUAUAUUCUUCGCCUUUAUGGACACCUCGUUAAUGGUCAAAAAGCGGUUGUAACUAUUACCGGUAUCAAGGUAUUUUUCGAUAUUCGUGUUCCUAACAAUGCGAGCAUUCCCAAAUUCUGGUCCAAAAUAAAGGGUAUUCUUACUACUGGGAAAGAUGGUAGUGGGAACACUGUGAACAUGAAUCUAAUCCGAAUGGAAUGUAUAAAGGCAUAUCCUAUCCGUGGUUAUCAUGCGGAAAGAAAGCCAUAUCUUCGUAUUAUUACACCCAAUAAAGAUCUAAGAUUUACUGCUCUCGAUAUCAUCUCAAGCUACAAUUCAAAGGUUGAUCCCGAAUGUAAAAUAGAGACAGCUUCAGACGAUACAGGCACAUAUUAUCGUAAAGUUGCAAGAGAGUAUCGGAUAUCACUUUCCGGGUGGGGACUAAUAAGGGACUACAAAUAUAAUUUGAGAGCACCAUAUUAUGCUCGCUCCCAUCUUUGUCCACAUGCAUUUUAUGUUCACAUCGGUAAUUUUCAACCCGUGGUUGAUUUUGAACCACUUUAUAAAAUUUAUCCAUCUUCUCUCUUUUCUCAUGACCGAGCAUUAGUUCUAACGUGGGAUAUAGAAACAUACGAUUCGCGUGGAUUAGGUCAUUUUCCACAAGCAGAAAAUGAUACAGCUCAAGUUUUUAUGAUUUGUAUGUCUAUCCAUUGGAAAGAUGACCCAAAACCACUAGAACAGAUAUGCCUUGUUGAUGUUGAAAUAACACCAGAUCCACGCUGGAUAACAAUUAUAUGCGGGAAUCAAGUCAAUUUAUUAAAAGCUUUCGCUCUAUGUUGGAAAUCUUUUGCUCCGGAUAUCCAGCUUGGUUUUAACGACUCUGGCUAUGAUUGGCCCUUUAUUGUAGAAAAGGCCACCAAAUUAAAUGUUUUCGAGUGGAUGGUCCAGCAAAUGUCAGCAAAUCCGCAUAAGAAAGCUAAUGCUGAAUCUAUCCUCACUUGGAAUUAUUUUGGUGGAACUGGGAAGCCAUUAAGUAGUGGUUUCUUCCAUAGGAAACAAUGGGUAAAGAAAACGGAUAGAAACUUCAGAAGAACAGAAGGUCGUGAAUCUAUUAAUAUCAAAUUUGGUUCCAAUAAUUUGGGCUUUGAAUCAUCCUUUCUUAAGCUUCCCGGAUGUGUACCAAUUGAUGUUUGUGCAUGUUUGUUACAACUUUUUCCCCGUUCAGAGAAAAGAUCACUCAAAUACUUCUUAGAAGAAUGUG